GCCCGCGGCGGGGAGCGACAUGCCGCCGCGCUGAGCGCCGCGCCGCGCCGCCGGCCCAGUGACUUUAUAACAUGCAAGACACUGAUCCCAGGGGGAGCUCCCCUGCUUUCCUUCGGCCUCAAAACGGGAGCAGUCACAGGUCGUCCGGGUAUGUUCCAGGCAGAAUCGCCCCUCUUCGCCCCCCGCCGCCUUCACAGAGCCACGCUUCAGCCGAAUUUACCUCCGCCAGACAAGAAGCCCGGGCAACGUUUGCGUCCUUGCCAGUGGAGCAGCACCGCCGCCAGGCAGAAGCCAACAGACACAAAAAUACUCUCAUUUGCUUUGCCGUUUCUAGCUUUUCACUUUUUGUUGCACUGGGGAUUUUUUUGGGAAUAGCUUCAAAAUAUGCUCCAGAUGAGAAUUGUCCCGAUCAGAAUCCCCGUCUUAAAAACUGGAGCCCUGGACAAGAUCCUGAAAAGAGAGUUUUUAUCAAAAAGGGGGAUUUGUUUCGUCUGGAUUCAGAUGCUACAGUACAUUCUAUAGUUAUACAGGAUGGAGGGUUACUUGUUUUUGGUGAUGAUAAAGAGGGUUCUAAAAAUAUUACUCUGAGAACUCGUUUUAUCCUGAUAAAGGAUGGUGGAAUGCUUCAUGUUGGAGCAGAGAAAUGCCGCUACAAAUCCAAAGCAACUAUCGUUUUGUAUGGAAAAUCAAAUGAAGAUGCUGAUGUGCCAGAAUUUGGCAAAAAAUUUAUUGGUGUGGGCCCUGAAGGGACACUGGAAUUGCAUGGGCGCCAGAAGGUAUCAUGGACUCUUCUGUCGAAGACCAUAAAUUUCUCAGGGCUGGCCUAUGGUCAUUAUACAUUUAAAAAGAAUUUUUCCCGAGGACUAAAUGUGAGAGUGAUCGAUCAGGAUACAGCAGAGGUUUUGGAAGUAUUAAAGUUUGAUACUCAUCAGUUUUCAGAAGAAAGCUUGAAACUCCAGAACUUACUGAAAAAAGGAAGUCCUGGUCGCAUAGUUGCUAUUGCCGUAGGAGAUUCAGCUGCUAAAAACCUACUGAGGGAAACUAGAUUAACUAUUCAGAAUCUUCUGGGAAGUAAGUUUGUCACAGGAUUGAGUUACAGGCAAGCCUGGGCUUUAGUUGGUGUGAUAGGUGGUGGAAAUUCUUCUUGUAAUGAGUCGGUGAGAAACUACGAAAAUCACAGCACAGGUGGGAAAGCUCUUGCUCAGAAAGAAUUUUUCACAGUGGAUGGUCAGAAGUUUGUUGUGAGAGCAUACAGCGAGUGGAAUGAAGGUGUCCCAAUUUCAGGGUUCCAGGUGGAAGCUGUGGGUGGAGUGAUACUGAAUCUUCUGGAUGAUGUUAGUAGCUGGGAGCCUGGAGACCGGAUCGUAGUUGCAAGCACAGAUUAUUCAAUGUAUCAGACGGAGGAAUUCACUCUCCUUCCCUGCCCGGAGUGCAGCAAACAGCAGGUCAAAGUCAAAGAAAAUCCUCAGUUUCCUCAUAUGGGAGAAGUUAUCGAUGGAGUGGACAUGAGAGCAGAAGUGGGAGUCCUUACAAGGAACAUCUUAAUCAAGGGAGAGACAGAAAAUACAUGUUACCGUGAAAAGGAGUGUCAGUUUUUCAGUUAUGAUACAUUUGGUGGACAUAUCAAGAUUCUGAAGAAUUUUACAUCUGUUCAUCUCUCCUAUGUGGAGCUGAAGCAAAUGGGGCAGCAGCAGAUUGGAAGUUACCCUGUUCACUUUCACCUAUGUGGGGAUGUGGAUGAAAAAGGAGGUUAUAGUUUUAAAACUUAUCUGGAAGGUCUUUCCAUUCAUCAUUGUUUCUCCAGAUGUGUGACUGUUCAUGCAACUAAUGGCUUGCUGAUAAAGGACACCAUUGGCUAUGACACACUAGGUCACUGUUUCUUCAUAGAAGAUGGCAUUGAACAGAGGAAUACUCUGUUCCACAACCUUGGACUAGUCACCAAACCAGGCACUCUUCUUCCUACAGAUAGAAACAGCAGCAUGUGUAUUGGUAUUAGGGAUAAAGUGUAUGGAAGUUAUGUCCCGGUGCCAGCCACAGACUGCAUGGCAGUUUCAACCUUCUGGAUUUCUCAUCCCAACAAUCAUCUUAUAAAUAAUGCAGCUGCAGGUUCGCAGGAUGCUGGAAUAUGGUAUUUGUUUCACAAGAUUGCUACAGGAGACCCUUAUGGUUCAGCCAUUGAAACUAAGUCAGAGCUUACACCUUUAGGAAUCUUCUAUAACAACAGAGUUCACUCCAAUUUUAAGGCUGGUUUGUUCAUUGAUAAGGGUGUUAAAACAACUAAUGCUAGUGCUGACGAUCCCAGAGAAUACCUUUGUUUGGACAACAAUGCAAGGUUUCGACCUCAUCAAGAUGCAGACCCCGAAAAGCCCCGAGUUGCCGCUCUAAUUGACAGAUUGAUCUCUUUCAAAAACAACGAUCAUGGGGCCUGGGUCAGGGGAGGGGAUAUCCUUAUUCAGAACUCAGGGUUUGCAGACAAUGGAAUAGGUUUGACAUUUGCUAGUGAUGGGAGCUUCCCAAAUGACGAAGGUGCCAGCCAGGAGGUAUCUGAGUCUCUGUUUGUAGGUGAAAGCAAGAAUUACGGGGUUCCUGGAGGCCAAAAUAAAUAUUGGGGAACUGGAGGAAUAGACAAUAAGACACGUACUCUGCCUAGAAAUAGGACAUUCCCAAUCAGAGGUUUCCAAAUUUAUGAUGGACCUAUUCAUCUUACCAAAUGCACAUUCAAAAACUUUGUGCCAACUCCAGACAGAUUUACCAGUGCAGUUGGUUUCUUGAUGAAGAAUACAUGGCAGAUGACACCUAAAAACAAUAUUUCUCUUGUGAAGUUUGGUCCAAAUGUUUCUCUGAAAGUUUUCUUUGGAAAACCUGGCCCCUGGUUUGAAGAUGGAGAUCUGGAUGGUGACAAGACCUCAAUAUUCCAUGAUCUAGACGGCUCAGUGACUGACUACAAGGAUACCUAUGUUGGCAGAACGGAUAACUACCUGAUUCAGCACCCGAAAUGCAUUAACAAUAUAGAAUGGAAUGGUGUAAUUUGCAGUGGAACAUAUGCUCAGGUUUAUGUUCAAACAUGGAAUGGGCAGAACCUUUCCAUGACCAUUGUACGAGAUGAAUAUCCAUCCAAUCCCAUGGUUCUGCGAGGUAUUAAUCAGAGAGCAGUUUUUCAACAGUACCAGCCAGUCGUGAUGCUUCAGAAGGGCUACACAAUACAUUGGAAUGGAAAAGCUCCAAAUGUCACUUACCUUUAUCUCAUUAAUUUCAACAAGAAUGACUGGAUUCGUGUUGGUCUUUGUUAUCAACCAAAUACGGAUUUUAUUAUAGUACUGGAAACCUUUCAAAGGCAGUCGUCUGCUCUGUCGAGCAAGAUAGAGCGUUAUACACCUGUAUCUUCAAUGCUGGAACUCGAAAAGAAUCGAUCAGACAAGAAGUUUUAUUUUGACAGCAGUACGGGAUUACUGUUUUUAUUUCUUCAAGCCAAAUAUAAUAGGGAUGGUCACAGUUAUUGCUCAUCUCAGGGAUGUGAAAGGAUCAAGAUUGUGACCAAAGAUUCAGCAAAAGGGAUCAGUAACUGCAUGGCAAAAGCUUAUCCAAAGUACUACCAAGGGCCAACUGUCAUAAAGCAAAUGCCAGUAAAAACUACUGUACCAUGUACAAAGUGUGGCGCAACUCAGAUGGUAUUCACCAGUGAUCCUCACAAAAACUACCUCCUUGUGCAGAUUAAUUCUCCUGGUAAAAAAGAGUUAAGUGGAGGUCAGCAAGCAUUUAUUUCUGUCAAUGACACAGUAUUUUCCCUCAAGGAUAAUGGUAUACUUAUUGUUGUAGUUGAUGCCUGCACUGGCACAGUGUCAGGAAGUAAAUUAUUUUCUGAAGUAGACAUUAAGCGUGUAGAUGGAUAUUUAAAAUCUGGAAUUCCACAAAGGUCUAUAGUUCUGCUGAGCACAAGAGGCAACAUAGACAGUCCUAAUAUAUCAGAAACGUUAAUGUCCCUGGGGACGGCCAAACCGCCUUACCUGCAAAGCAACGGAAGCAUGGCCUUCCUGGGCUUCAAAGGAAACUUUAAGCCAUCCUGGAUUAAGCUGUUUACCAGUCCUGCUGGGCAAGGGCUAGUUCAGAUAGAGAAGUAUGUCCCUUUACAACUGGAAGAGUAUGGUUGUGCCAGAGCUAUCAAAAGCCGACGGAAAGACCUGGAGCUUCUAAAGAAGGCUACAAGAUCUCAUUAAAGACUAAGAUGUACAUAAAUGCUGGGGAGAAGAAAAUGUGAACUAACUUAUUUUUAAUUUAUGGCAUUUUAAACUAUAUUGUUAUCCAAGUAAAUCAUGUUAUUGUUUGACAGACGUUUGCCAACAUUGACCGCUUGAAUGCUAGUCUGUGCACCUUCUAGUUGUACAAAAUAUUAAAGAAUUUAUUACUAUUUGUAUAAACAGGUUUCAGAGAUUUUUUCAGAUGUUUGUAUUUACUGUAAACAAAUUCCUUCUGAUUAAUACUCGUUUGUAUUUAAGAGGGUGUUCAAAAAGCCUUAAAAGUUUUGAUAGCAGGUAUAGGAGUGCAUCUUGAAUUACUUGAAAGAUUAACGUUAAAAUCUCUCUAACAGCUUGAAUUGGUCAUCUUAACUUAAUUUGCAUUUUCCUCUGCCAUUUACAUGUUUUUCUGAGAGGUCGUUUAGCAAUCAGCUCAGUUACAUUCCUUACCUGCUUUCCAAGGUGUUAAAGAACAAUUCCUUUCCUGCAUGCAGCUUGGGCUCAAGGGGCUAUAACCGUAGGGACAUUUUUGCUUUGCUUUGUGAAAGAUAGAGAGGAGAGGGGUUUUCAAGAUCCAGCCCAGGGCAGGGGAUAUGGACUGGGCAACAAAGAUUGCCAAGGCUAUUUGCACCAGCGUAGCAUAUGGAGCAGGGAAAGACUGCAGCUCUUCAGGAUCUCUGCUUGCUGCUCAGCCCCAAAUAUGCAGGAGUAUGUAAGAGUUACUUCAUCAGUUAAUCUGAGUAUUAAGGCUACAGUCUUGGGUACAGGUUUAUUUCAGCAUUUGCUUUUAAAGCUUUUAACGAGCAGGGCAAAGCUGAGAAAUCAUUUGUUACUUUCAGUUUUUAUGAACCUAAACUUCACUCUUGCAGUGAGUUUUUUAAAGCUAUACCAGAUCUAACUUUUAAGUGAAGGAAGUAGCAGGUACUCUCAGUUUUUCAGUUAGUCAUGUUAUAUCUUUUACCUUGGACUCUCUUAAUAUGCUCAAGUUGAUAUUUCCUGUUGAUUUUAUAUUAAGUCUGUUUGGUUGCUUUUGGUUUUGUCACAUCUAUUUGACCCUUUCUGGGUCAAACACAUUUAGAAGAACCGAGACAGAGCUGCCCUUUCUUAGGAUCUAAUCUUUGAAACUAAAUUUCAGAGACUGUAAAGAUGCAUUUCAUAAUGGGUGCAAUAGAGCUAAAAUGUAGCUAUGGUUCUAACACAACUGACAUGGUUCCUUUUCCUUAUGUAUGUGUUCUCAUUCAUUCUAUCUGGUUUAACAUAUCUACCAUUCAGAGCUGCUUUGUUCUUUGAAUUUAACAUGGAGUGGCUGUGGGAAAUGAACUAUAUUCUUAUCUUCUCCAAAGAAACCGAAAACUUUUUUUUUAAUCGUGCUUUAAAGGGGAGAAUGCACAAUAGCAGACUUGUUAUUUUGUUCAAUUAAAAUAUGCUACCUCAGUGCUACAGUUAGACUGCCUGUUUUAAUACCUUUGUUCUUAAGUGGGAGGAUAGGGGAAAGGAGCACAAGACACGUGGUGAAGUUAAACAGAUGACUAAUGUUAUUUUUGUUGUAAAACCAAGCCAAAUGGAUGAUUACUUAUCUUGCAGUUGUUCUGAUGCACAGUUCUGUUUUAAUGUAAAAAAGGCAUUUUGUUAGAGAAGUGUGUGGUAAAUCUUUAAGACUAGCUAUGAUGUUUGAUGUUAAUAAUGCAGAGCAAUGUGAUUUGCUAAUGCUGUGAAUGCAGUAGCGAUAAUAUUUGUGGAUUACAAUGGUCUUAAGAUUUCUGCUAUUCUUAUCUGUGGGUUGUGCUCAGUAGAGAAAGCCCAGACACAGAAUGGUCUUGGGGCUUGUGAGGUAGGUAGACCAUUGGGCAUGAGAUGCAGCUAUUCCAAGCCAUCUUGCAAAAAUCAUACCCGGAAGUGUCAAGAUUAUUGCAGUGUAAGACUGGAUGAACAAUUCGACCUGCAGUUGAAGCGUCAUCUUUUGUGUAAAUCUAAACACUUGCUAAAUAAAUUUUUACAUCUGACAAGGCA